UUGGUGAGGUUGUGUGGUGGGAUGAUUGAGGCGGGUCGGGCGUACGCGGCUGCCAACACGCUGUUUGUGAACGGCAUACGAGACCUGUCACUGCACUGCCAAGAGGAGGAGAUGAUAUCAGGGUGUCUGGAGAAGUUUGGGGAGAGCCUGCAGGAGAUAGCCAACUAUCACAUGAUUCUGUUUGAUCAGGCCCAGAGAUCCGUCAAGCAGCAGCUGCAGACCUUUAUCAAGGAUGAUGUGCGGAGGUUUAAAGACGCCGGGCGUCAGUUUGGUCGCGCCUGUGAGGACUUGGAGCUGGCGCAGGUCCGGAACGCUCAGGUGCCGCGAGCGAAACCCCACGAAGCCCAAGACGCGGCCGCCACCCUCACACACACACGCAAGACUCACAGACACCUGGCACUCGACUACACACUACAGAUUCAUGUUCUGCAGGCGAAGAAGAAAUUUGAGAUCCUGGACGCGAUGCUGUCCUUCAUGAAGGCCCAACACACCCUCUUCCAACAGGGAUCCUCUCUACUCAACCAGCUCAACCCAGACAUGCAGACCCUAGCACAAGAGUUGGAUCAGCUGGUGAUUGACUCUGCAAUGGAGAAGAGAGAGAUGGAACACAAACACGCAGAAAUACAACAGAAGAUGCUGCUGCAGGAUUUCUCGUAUGACGAGUCCAGAGUGCAGUUUGAUGUGGACGCCCCCAGUGGAGUCGUGCUGGAGGGAUACCUGUUUAAACGAGCUAGCAACGCAUUCAAGACAUGGAACAGGCGCUGGUUUUCCAUCCAGAACAGUCAGUUAGUAUACCAGAGGAAAUUGAAGGAUGUGUUGACGGUGGUCGUGGAGGACCUGAGACUGUGCUCAGUGAAGCCGUGUGAGGACAUCGAGAGACGAUUCUGCUUUGAAGUCGUGUCACCCAACAAGAGCUGUAUGCUUCAAGCGGAGUCUGAGAAGCUGAGACAGACCUGGAUCCAGGCAGUACAGGCCAGCAUCGCGUCCGCCUACAGAGACAUCAACGAGCGACUGGAGCGUGCAGCGUCUCCAUCCUCCAGCAGUGUCGAGUCGUCAGGUGACGGUCGCGAUCGCAGCAUCAGGACCGAUGUGGAGAGCGGCCUGCAGAGGGUGAUGGGGUUGCCAGGCAACCAGACGUGCGCAGACUGCAGCCAAUCAGAGCCGGGAUGGGCGUCCAUCAACAUGGGAGUUCUACUGUGCAUAGAGUGCUCAGGAAUACACAGGAGUUUAGGUGUACAUUGUUCUAAGGUGCGUUCCCUCACGCUGGACACCUGGGAACCAGAACUACUGAAGCUGAUGUGUGAGUUGGGGAACUCUCUGAUCAACAGCAUCUACGAGGGAGCGUCUGAGGAGAUCGGAGUCCGGAAACCCACGAAACCCACGCCGACAAGCUCACGGCAGGAGAAGGAGGUGUGGAUCAGGGCAAAAUACGUGGACAGGAAGUUCCUGAGGAGACUCAGCCAAUCAGCAGCGAGCGCCUCGUUGCUCGGCGACCCGGGCAGGAAAUUGCAUCAUCAGUGGAGCGACAGGAAGUGCAGGCGCCAACACAGCGCCGCCCACGCCUCCAAAACGCGACGCAAAUAUCGCAGUGACGCUAGCAGCGCGUCAUCGCCUGGCAACCUCUCAGUGUGUGUGCGUCUGGAUUCUCUCUUCUCCUACUUUCACACCGGAGCCGCACCGCGCAGUGUCAGUAGCGACAGUGGUCUGGGUGGCAGUAGCGAUGGCAGCUGUGACGUCUUGGUCUUCGGAUCCGUAGUGGACAGUGUCACCGAGGAGGAGUGUGAGGGCUCGUUGACGUCUAGCGAGGAGACGGAGGCGGAGCUGGAUCCCUCCGAGGUGUCGGACGUCGAGGACUCACGCCAUGGCCCGCCCCUCAGCCCUGAUGCCCCGCCCCUCAGCCCUGAUGCCCCGCCCCUCCCCUGUCCGGGUCGGCUGCUGCUCAGGGCGUCGCUGCAGCGGAACAUCCCCGUCAUGGCCGACGCCCUCGCACACCGGGCCGACCCAAACCAGCUCAACAUGGAGGAGGAGGGCAGGACACCGCUGAUAUACGCAGUCACAGGGGGUUCUCUGCUUGCGUGUGAGUUUCUUCUUCAGAACGGAGCGGACAUGAAUCAGAGGGACGCGACGGGCAGAGGACCCCUACACCACGCCACACACACACAACACACAGGUCUGGUGUCGUUAUUUCUGAAGAGAGGAGCGAACCAAUCAGCUGUGGACGAGGACGGACGAGAUCCACUCAGCAUCGCCAUGGAGACGGCCAACACAGACAUAGUCACCCUGUUGCGUCUGGCUCGUAUUAAUGAGGAGAUGCGUGAAGCCGAAUGUCUCCGCCACCCAGCGGCCAUUAGAGUCCCCUCCUCGCCCCCAUCGAGAGGCCCCGCCUCCCCUCCAUCCAGAGGCCCCGCCUCCCCUCCAUCUAGAGGCCCCGCCUCUCCAUGCAGCACCAAGAGGAAGGAUCUUCGGGACCGGGUGUCCUCCCCUCAGGCGUUGACGUCGCUGGGUAGUUUCCGUGCGUGGCGCCUCAACUCCCCCAAAAGCUGACGACCAGGAGGAGGAGGAGGGGACACUAUUCAGUGUCACACCACGACAAGGGACACCACGACAGGGGACACCAUUCAGCGUAACACCACGACAGGGGACACCAUUCAGCGUAACAUCACGACAGGGGACACCAUUCAGUGUAACACCACGACAGGGGACACCAUUCAGCGUAACACCACGACAGGGGACACCAUUCAGUGUAACACCACGACAGGGGACACCAUUCAGUGUAACACCACGACAGGGGACACCAUUCAGCGUAACACCACGUGGAGGAGAAUCUCAGCAGAGUCUCAAAUGCCGCACUUGUGCACUUCGGGCUGUUUUUCAGUUCCUAGGGGGCUCCACUGUUUUUCAGUGCCUAGGGGGCUCACGCUGAAAAAUUCAGUUGAGCCAGUGCACUGAAAGUGCCAGGAUGAUCCCCUAACAAUGGCGGAAAAAUGCAGCGCUUGAAUGAUGGACACUGCAUGCACUAAACGGCGGCCAUGCUGACAAUGACACGGAGGAAAUGUGGCAUUCAGUUCAGUAGAAGAGUUUGGUCAACAGUUUCCUAAUUCUGUAAGUAAUGUUGAUGGGGCACCAACCUUUUCAUGCCAACCAAAGUAUUGUAUGUGUGAUUGUUGUCCUUUGGGGUGAAGGACAUGGAAAUACAAGCACCAGACGCUGUGCAUUGUAAACAGUAGCCAACUCAUAUUUUGGCGAGCUAAUGCCAUGCUCAGAGAAACUCUUGGAAAGUGUGAGUGUGUGUGUGCGUGAGUGUGUGUGUG